AUGGCUUCCCUAUUUGCAAAUCACAGCAGCACAACCAACUCCACGUUUUACGAUGGAGAAGCCAACCUGACGUGGGAGGAGAGGGUUUUCUUCGCCGUGUUAUUCUCGCUCAUGGCGGCAGUGUCGGUCAUCGGCAACUCGCUCGCGUUCCUAACCCUCCGGAAAAUCAAAAUGCAGGCCAGUGCAUUGCUGAUCAACCUAACCAUAGGGGAUAUUGGCCUGGGUGGUUUUGUCAUGACGACCAGUGCCAUCACCCUCAUUAAGGAGCGCUGGGUUUUCGGUGAAGUGGCUUGUAGCAUAAUUGCCUUCAUCAAAGCUGUCAGCAUAUUCUCAUCCAACAUGACGCUGUGUAUGAUUGCACUAGACCGUUUCAUCUUCGUCAAGAGCAUUCGUUUCUCAAGAAAGACCCGCGAACGACUGGACUGGUUUUUCUUGCUUUUCCCCUGGGUGUGGUCCGGGCUGAGUGCCGUCGGUCCCUUAGUUGGAUGGGGGAAGUUUUCAUGGGCCCCUACCAGAGUAGUGUGCACCAUAGACUGGCUGCAUAGUCCUUCCUACACACUUGCCUGUUUCACCUGCUACGGCUUCAUACCGAACAUAUUCAUCCUUGCCUGUUACCUGCAAAUUCUGAGGUACGUCUGUGUGAACAAGAAGCGACUACAGAAGUCUAGGCAAUGCUAUCGUGGACCCCGGUCGAACGAAUCCUCAACACGCUCCUCAUCGGUAUCCUCAAGUGAUCGAACGGCCAUUCGAGCAAUCAAGUUUUCCACGACAGUCAGCCGAGAAGAGAUUGGGGUCCUGAAGACCGCAGUAGUGGUCGUGUUGGUCUUUUUCACAAUGGCCAUACCCUACGUCAUCAUUCAGUUGAUAUCCCUCGUACAGAACCACGAGUUUCCACUGAGGAUUGGCACCAUAAGUACGGUCUUUGUGUUCUUCGGGAGCUGCCUCAACCCAUUCAUAUACAGCGGAGGGAACGUCAAGUUCCGAAUAGGCUUGAAGAAGGUUAUUAUGGGAUUUAUUUGUAAAGAUGGUUGA